ACUACUUCCGGUGGUGGCGUGGUCGGCCACUGGAGAACUCAGAAGAACACAGCUGUGCGCGCCCAGAGGCUCGGGGGGCGGGAGAGGAUAAGUCGGAAGGAGGGGGCGGGACCUACACCUCAGGAAAGCCGGAGGAUUGGGGCACGAAGCGGGGCUUUGAUGACCGGCAAAGGGCGAGGCAUGCAGGAGGUGGAGGAAUUAAGUGAAACGAGGAAGGUCGUUAAUCAGGACCCUGUGGGCUAGGCCUUAAGGGGCGUGGUCCUUGUCUGGGCGGGGUCUUUGGGCGCCGACUAGGCCUGGUUCUGGGUGGGCGGGGCUGCUGUGGGCGGCUCCUGCUGUGGAAAUGCCGGCCCGCGCGCUUCUGCCCCGGCGCGUGGGGCAUCGUACUCUAGCCUCCGCUCCUGCCCUGUGGGCCUCUAUCCCGUGCCCUCUCUCUGAGCUGCGCCUGGACCUGGUUCUGCCUUCUGGACAGUCCUUCCGGUGGAGGGAGCAAAGUCCUGCACACUGGAGUGGUGUACUAGCGGAUCAAGUAUGGACACUGACUCAGACUGAGGAGCAGCUCCACUGCACUGUGUACCGAGGAGACAAGAGCCAGCCUGGCAGGCCCACACCAGACGAGCUGGAGGCCGUGCGCAAGUACUUCCAGCUAGAUGUCACCCUGGCUCAACUGUAUCACCACUGGGGUUCUGUGGACUCCCACUUCCAAGAGGUGGCUCAGAAAUUCCAAGGUGAGUACAGGACCUGGGCUGGGUCACUCUCCACAGGGCCAGAGGUGGAGGCUCAUCUCAGGAAGCUGGGCCUGGGCUACCGUGCCCGCUACGUGAGUGCCAGUGCCCGAGCCAUCCUGGAAGAACAGGGCGGGCUACCCUGGCUGCAGCAGCUACGAGAGGCCUCCUAUGAGGAGGCCCACAAGGCCCUCUGUACCCUGCCGGGAGUGGGCACCAAGGUGGCUGACUGCAUCUGCCUGAUGGCCCUAGACAAGCCCCAGGCUGUGCCCGUGGAUGUCCAUAUAUGGCAGAUUGCCCAACGUGACUACAGCUGGCACCCUACCACGUCCCAGGCGAAGGGACCAAGCCCCCAGAGCAACAAGGAACUGGGAAACUUUUUCCGGAGCCUGUGGGGACCUUAUGCUGGCUGGGCCCAAGCGGUGCUGUUCAGUGCUGACCUGCACCAAUCCCACCGUGCUCAGGAGCCACCAGCAAAGCGCAGAAAGGGUUCCAAAGGGCUGGAAGUCUAGAUGGGGCACCCUGGACAAAGGAAUUCCCCCAAGCCCCUUCCCCUCCAUUCCCCACUUCUCUCUCCCCAUCCCCACCCAGUCUCAUGUUGGGGAGGGGCCUCCCUGUGACCACCUCAAGGGCCAGGCACCCCCAAAUCAAGCAGUCAAUUUGCACAACAAGGUGGGCUGGGGGCUAUUGGGAGAGACAGCGCUAAGGAUGGUUUUAUCUUCUUCCCUUUAUUACAAGAAGGAACAAUAAAAUAGAAAUAUUUGUAUGGAAAA